CUCUCUUCGCACCUCUCCACUGCAAAGUCAUGCUUGUGGUACCGGAAAGGUAAAAACAGGGACCUUUGGGCCUCCGUCCCAGAUGUUGUGGAGGAUAUCGCUCGGGAAAAGGCAGUCCCUUCCGGUGCACGGGCCAUGGACGUCGAGGACCGCGACUCCGACUCGGAGGACCUUCUUAACGACUUUCAAGAUGUCUUGGAGAAUAGGGACCUGUUUAGUUUUGUCUUAACAGGUCCCCCAACGGCGUCCUGCUCCUCUGGGGAACCUCAGGCCUCUUCCUCCACUGGUCGCAUCUUCCAGCCGCCCACUGCACCGCCGCAGACGCUAUCUCUGGACGACGAUGAAGACACGCGGAUCAAAGAAGAGGACCUUCUUGCCGGGAAGGUCAUAAGGAUGGACGCACGGGUUGUUGAAACGUGGAAAGUAAUGUUUUUUCCUGAUGAGGAUGAGGCAGAGGGCCGAGGGGAGGACGUUUGGAGACCUUUCACAUCGGAGCUGGACUGGAGGGUGGCCAUGUGGAUUGUGAGAGAGGACGUUGGACAGAAUUCAAUGAAUAGAUUUCUGUCCAUCCCAGGAGUA